CCGGCGUCCCCCUCGCUGCUGGGCUCAGCCUCCUCCCGCCGCUGCACUGACCGCGGGUGCUGGUCUCCGCUCUGGAUGCGCCCCUGGGAGAUGGAAAAGAUCCGAGUGGCGUUCCGCUCCCCCCUAACUCGGCGAGGGAGGGCUUCUGUACCCGGGGUGUUUCUCGGGUGCUUACUGUGUGCCAGGUACUGUUCCAAGAGUUUUUGCCCGUAUUAACUCAUUUUAUCCUCUCAUUAAACCCAUGAGAUGUAGUGUUAUUAUCCCUGUGUUACAGAUAAGGGAGUUGAGGCACACUGGGAUGAAAUACCUUUCCUUGAAGUUACAGAGCUUGGUUGGACUGAGGCUGCCUAGGCCCUCCUGCUGAUUCCUUUGUGCAUUGGCAAAGGCUCCAGGACGCGGUCAGCCCAAUACCAGAAAGCAAAGCACCUGGAGAAGAGCUACUCCAGAACCUUCAGAACCCUAUUCCUUCUGAAUGAGAUAAUUUCUUAAUAUUGAAGGGAGUAGAAUUAGGGGAGAAUUCUUGCUGGAUCAGAAACUGAUUACAAGAGGAAGAGGCAUGGUCAAAAGCAUUUCAGAUGGUUAGGGGAAUAGGAGGUGGCCUGCGCUGUUAGGGCUGGAAAGUUAGUCACAUAAAGAGCAGAUUGGGUUUGCUGGUGCUGCAGCACUUUGUGACCAUUGUGCUUGUGGAUACAGUAUCCACAGAGCAGGAAGGCAAUCCAAAUGACUAAAGUAUGAGGAAGAAAGGAGGAAAAGAGAAAAGGAGAGACAACUUUCCACACCAUGGUGGAGGAACCCCUUGGAUGGAACCUGGGUAAGCAUAUGACCCUAACCUUGUGGAGACAGUGACCUCCUAGCCUUUCUGAAAUAUAUCUGGAGGCUCCUCCACCGAGACUUUCAUCACAUCCACCAGCCCUCCUUUCCCCAAUUCAUGUGCAUCCUCCAAAGCCAGGAAAAAGAAUGCAGCUAGAGCAGAAGCUGCUGAAGGGAGCCUCACAGAUCCUCUGAGAGCAUCUUUCCUUAAAUGUACACCAUCACAAUUUUAAAAUUAAUAUAUUCGAGCAGGAAUCCCAGGAGGCAAAUUGGACAUGAUCACCCAGUUGGAGGGAGAACAACUAUAGAUACUGGAUCUUCAGGGAGCUGAAGAGGGGAGUGACCAAAAAUACCUGUCUCGAUAGGGAGAGUUGAAAGGAACCAAAGCAUCAACACCAAUCAUGCAAUUUCUGAACAACUAGAGUUUUCAGGGUCAGCCAUGGAAAGUCUCAGAGGAAAUACUGCCCAAGGUCCUGCAAAUGAAGAAGCCUGUAAAAGUGAGGACCAGUUAUCAAGGCGGACAAAAUGUCGUGUACAGAAGAAAUCUUCUUUUGAGAAAAGAGCAAUCAGAAAAGUGUCAAUGACCCUCAAGGAAAUUUUCACCAGGGAGAGAGGCCCUGAAUCCAGUGAAUUUAGUCUGAGCUCAAAACUUAAUACACAGCAGAAAAUUCCAAAGGGAACUAGAUCCCCCAUAUCUAGGAAAAACUCCAAAGAUAAUUCAGACUUAAUUAAACACCCAAAACUCUUCCCACUAAAGAAACCUUAUAAACGCAAUGAAUGUGGGAAAGCCUUUAGUUACCAAUCAGACCUUAUUAUCCACAGUAGAAUUCACAGUGGAGAAAAGCCUUUUGAAUGCAAUGAAUGUGGGAAAACUUUUAGCCGAAGUUCACACCUUAUUGAACAUCAAAGAACUCACACUGGAGAGAAACCUUAUGAAUGCAGUGAAUGUGGAAAAGCUUUUAGCCGGAGUACUCACCUUAGUCUGCAUCAGAGGAUCCAUACUGGAGAAAAACCAUAUGAAUGUAGUGAAUGUGGAAAAGCCUUUAGCCGAAGCACUAACCUUAGUCAACAUCAGCGAACUCAUACUCAAGAAAAACCUUACAAAUGUAAUGAAUGUGGGAAAGCCUUCAGUGACCGUUCAACCAUAAUUCAGCAUCAACGAAUACACACUGGAGAGAGUCCCUAUGAAUGCAGUGAAUGUGGAAAAGCUUUCAGUUGGAUCUCAUCUCUUAUUGAACAUCAGAGAACACACACUGGAGAGAACCCCUAUGAGUGCAGUGACUGUGGGAAAGUGUUCAGUCGAAGCUCAUCCCUUAUUGAACAUCAGAGAAUCCACACUGGAGAAAAGCCCCAUGAGUGUAGAGAGUGUGGAAAGGGCUUCAGUCGGAGCUCUUCCCUUAUUAUCCACCAGAGAACUCAUACCGGAGAGAAGCCUUACAAAUGUAAUGACUGUGGGAAAGCCUUCAGUCAGAGCUCAACUCUCAUCAGACAUCAGCAACUUCACAGUAAAGAGUAAUAUUUGAGCUUUCAUUAAUGUUAGCACAAGAGCAUGCAGUAUAACCUCCUACAGCUGAAAAAAUAUAUAUAUAUAUACUUGUUUGAAUUUUCCUUCCUUCCUAGCUAGCUAGAAGCCAGUUUUAAGCUAGCUUGCCUUCCUUUUUGUAAACUAAAUGCUCAAAUGAGUGAUCAAUACAACAAGGGAUUGACUUUAAAAACUUAAUAUAUUCAAUCUAAUAUUCUGGAGUGCUCCAACCUUAAGAGUAUACAGCUACCUGACACUUUGCAUUUCUUCAUCUUAUCUGUUCCUUGGGGGUUGGGUCCCUGAACAACCAGUGAACCCUCUGUUUCCCAACUACAUCAGCCCCUUCACUUAAAGAGAAAAUCCUGUGUGUGUGUGUGUGUGUGUAUUUUCAAUGCUUGCUGGCUCCAGUAGCAGAAGAGAAGGAGCUAGCUUCAGAACAGGACAAAAACUUCCCCCUAGUUUGGGGACAAUAGUGUUGAGGCAAAUGCAGUCUCUGGACUUAUAAAGACAGAUUUUUCUCUUCUUUUCUCCCUCACCUUUCUUUGCUGUAGCAUAUUUUCCUCAAAGUAUAACCCUCAUAGUUCCAGUAAUGCGCCUAACUAAUCCUAGUGUUAUUUUAUCUCAUCCAUAGCAAAAAUGUCCUACAACUCUUAUGGACAUUUAGUUCCUCCAUUAUCUUGAAGAAAAAAAAAUGCUGCCCUAUUUUUUAAACUUUUCUUUUGUUUACAAUCUUCAGAAAAUUUAUACCCUCUGGCUCUGACUCUUACCAGUCUUGGAAAGCUGAUCUCUCAAGGACAAACUCAGUGCCUAUUUCUCAGUCCUCUUCCUUCUUGACAUUUGCAGAAUUGGCACUUUUGGCCACUCUUAUGCCUUAAAAUUUGAGCUUCUGGGAUCCAGGAUUCUGUGCUGAUCCACACUUUUCCUACCUCCCAGCACUCCUCUGAUUAACAGUGAUCAGCUCGGUGACUUUGGGCAAGAGUUGAACCAGAAUAAUCUCAUUUUAUUGGGUUAUAAAACUUGAGGUUAUUCAAUUAGAUUGUAAGCUUCCUGAAGACAGAAAUCUUGUUUUAGAUCCCUAUUAAACAUCACAAAGUGCUGAGUAGUCACUAAAUGUCCCAUAGUUAUUGCUUACUGACACCUCUUUAUCCCAGGUAAUCAGUCUGCUAGCCUAUAUGAAAUGGCUUAACAGUUGAUUCUUUCUAUUUUACUGCUGUUGCCAAGUCCUUGGUAGUUUGGGCCUAGAUUACUAGAUUUACUAGAGUAAUCACAUCAUUACUGCCCUUGUCUCCCUGUCUUUAUCUAGCUGCCUGACUAAACUACCACUUUGUUCAAAAAGAGUCCACAGUUUCCCAUUGUCCCCAGGAAAAAGUUCAAACUGAAACUUCAAGGCCUCACACAGUUGGAUCUAUUUACUUAUUUUCCAUUACUUACCAAUACACAUGGGCAGGCCUAUCCUUUGUCUCUGUUACACCCUCUUCUCACACUUGGCUUCUUUUCAAACUGUUCCAUGGCACCCUUUUCCAUGUCCUACUUUCUUCCUUGCAUCUCCAGAAAUCCUAUCCACACUCUAUAAAAGGCCCUGCUCAAGUCCUGCCUCCUCUGAUACUUGCAGUCCCCCGCCUUCUUAGAAGUCCUUUGCAGGGAUGGUUUGCAUUAUUCUCCUGCAUUACACACUUUAUUAUUCUGUUCUCUGGUUCUUUCAGGUGCUUUUUUCCAUAAGCUUUUUUGAAGUUAGAAAUUGUUUUAAAUCUUGAGAAGCUCCAUCUAAUACAAACUACAAUGCAGGCCUGGACUCUAGUUUUAGUCUAAACCAGGAAGGUUUAAUUUAAUAAAAUUAGCCUUUUGAAUGGUUUUGUUUUGUUCCGUUUUGUCCCACCUUGAAUUAUGUACAUUAACUCUUGGGACUGACUCUCCUUUAGAGCUCCUGAGAUGCUGGCCUCUUGGCUUUCCAGUUCAUGAGACUAUUGUAAGGAGUGAGUGAGUUUAUUCAUGAAAACAGUGCCUGACAUAUAGUAAGUACUCAAUAAAUGCUAAUUGUUAUGAUUCUACUGCUUCACAUCUUCCUGUAGCCUUUCAUUUCAUCCCCUGCAGGGUCUGUAACUCCAUUACCAUAAAUGAAAAACUAGGAUCACAAGAAAAUAAGUUAGAAGAUAUUUCUUCGAACUGCCAUAAUUGGCAAUAGCCAUCUAUUUUAUUAUAACUCUAUCAUGUGUCAAAAAUGACUCAAGAUAGCUUACAAGAUGUAGUAAAAUAGAAAACCAAAAACACAUACAAAUCAGCAUUAGAAAAAAGAGAAAGCACCCAGAAGAUCAAGAUGAGGACAAGUUAUGGUAUGCCAUAGGGUUAUUCAGUUAGAGAUGCAAACUGAGCAUUCUGGCAACCAAAGUGAGGUGAUCAUUUGCUUAUAUUAUAUUUGGAAGGAAAACAAAUGUCUAUUUUUCAAGGAAAGCAAAGCUUUCCUAAUAGAUUUAAGAUGAAUUCUCCAUUAGCCUUCAUGUAAUUAUACAAUGCAUUUGAUAGCAAAAUAAAUAAUAUAUCCUCCACAACACCUAGUAUAUAGUGGGUUCUCUAGUGAAUAAAUAUUUAGUUCAUAGGAGAAGGCUCAGAAAGGCAGGGAUGGAGAUUGUUCUUGGGGUGGAGUGGGGUUAGCAGGAGCAGGGAGCAGAGUAUAUUAGAUAAUCAAGUAAUUAAUGGGUGCCAGAAGAAAAGCUCUUUUCACACAUUUGACUCAUUUAAUUCACCACAUUGUGGAAAGAAAAAGUGAAGUAUACAGAUGUUAAAUAAUUUACCCAAGGACCAGGAUUUGAUCCCAGUUCUGCUGACCGGUACUGGACCCCUUAAGCUGUACCCUGGCAAGAUCUGGGAAAGAAAGAGCUCUGCAAGUAAAGACAUAAAGGUAGGAAAAUGCCCUGUUCCAGUAGAUGAACAACUCCCUGUCUAUGGCAGAGAGUUUAAUGAAGUAAAAAAUGAGAAAGUUGAUUUGGAAUUGGAUAACUAGAUGAUGGCAGCCUUGAGUACUAGAUCAUCUUUUAGGCAAUAAGGGAAUUACAGGAGGUUUUUGAUCAUGGUAAUUGGGUUUCAUUUCAGGGGGGAAGAUUAAUCUGGUAGAGGAGACAGGAUGAUUUGGAAAAGAGAGAGACAGUAGGCAGAAACUAGGUGGGAAGCUGGAGUCUCAGAAUAGUGGUAUUGGGAAACGGAGAGCAGCUAACGGAUGAAGAAACGGUAAAGGAAAGAUCCAGUGAAAUUGGUGACGAGAUAGGGGCAAGGAAGAAGAGAGACCAGUGGCUACGUUCCUUAAUUGCUGUUGUUAAAUGUCAUGUAAGCUAUUAGGGCAUGGAGGGAGGGAUUUCUUAUAUACAAUCAGCAGUUAGUCGUGAACACAAAACAUAAAAAAGUUGACUGUCUGAUAAGAUUAACCUGCAUCUUUAAAAAGGAGUCAGUGUGGAUCCAGAAACUUGGGAUUUCCGGUGGGGAAGUCGGGUCAGAAUGGAAGAGUGUUCCGGAGGGGUCAGCCUUAUUUUAAGGAGAAACUGAGGGCCUUCAGAUGCAGCCGAAGUCAUCGUGACAGCUCACACUGAAGAACCACUUCGAAAUAAUCUCCUGCCUUACACGGAGCCCACAUCCAGGCGCUCAGCCUGGGCCCUUACUUUUCUGCGAGCCCAGCAGGUGGAGAGGGAGAAAGGCUCCCGCGGAGGCCAGCUGCCUUGCCUCGUGGUAGGUCGCUGGGGCCCCUGGGCCAUUCCUCGAGUGGCUUCUUGGGCGGGGUGGGGGCGCUCUGAAGGAAGAUCCGCCAAAGAGCCAGGAGGGCGCCGCGUGGGGGGCCGGCCCGGCAUCUGGGAAGCGUGGUGGGCUGGAGUCUCUCGCGCAGGGGCCGCCCGCAGUCCAGCCGAGCGCGAGCGUCGCCCGGGGCCGCAGUCAGUCCGGGGCUGGGCCGGGCCGGGGAGCGUGACUUGCCCCUCCACUGGACCCGUUUUUGUUUCUUUUUUUCCUUUUUAAAACAAUAAUUGACCAACUUUUUAUUUAAGACAGUGUAGAACGAAGUGAGCACGUGUGGAUUCUGGUUCUCGAUUUACCUCCUGAGCAAGGAUGCGAACGUGGUUUAAUGCGUGACUACAAGUAGGGCUGGCGGUAAAGCAAGAUCCGAAAUAGUGCUCAACCUUAUCACGAGAAGGAAGAAAUGUUGAGUUACAUAUAGAGUGUGGGAACAGCAAGUGAGUUGUGCAGUUUUCUUUUACAAAAGGGCUAUUGCUUCAUAUUUGCUGACUUCUUCUGUAAUGAAAAAAGUAUUUGUUAGUCAUACAAAAACUUGACUAUGCCUCUCAUUACUUUUAAUAUUAUUUUAAUACUUUUCGGUACAACGAUUUGGACUCUAAAUUCAGUUUAUUUUAAUACUUAGUUUUAAUGAAAAAGCUGCGUUUUUGGCUAUGCUUACUAACUCAGCAUACUCAUUUUUCAAUCCCAUUUUUAUGCAAAUGUUUGUGAUGAAAUUCUGCUAGUAAUUUUCUGUCUUUCCUGGUAUGAAUUAAGUUGUUUGCAAACUAAUCAGAAGGUGUUGUGUUUUAAUAUUUUUAACAAUUAAAGAUAAAAAAGGAC